CGAACCACUUUCACAGUCACUCUCCUCUCAGAUCAGAUCGAGGGACGUUAAGGCUCGAAAAUGGCGUUGGCGUUCGACGAGUUCGGGCGUCCGUUCAUUAUACUAAGGGAGCAGGAUCAAAAGACGCGUCUUAGAGGCAUCGAUGCUCAGAAAGCCAAUAUCGCCGCCGGCAAAGCGGUGGCUCGGAUCCUCCGCUCCUCUCUCGGACCUAAGGGGAUGGAUAAGAUGCUUCAAGGACCUGACGGAGACGUCACCAUCUCGAACGAUGGUGCGACCAUCUUGGAGCAAAUGGAUGUUGACAACCAGAUUGCAAAGCUUAUGGUCGAACUGUCGCGGAGUCAGGAUUAUGAAAUUGGUGACGGCACAACAGGUGUUGUUGUCAUGGCUGGUGCACUUCUGGAGCAAGCUGAACGUCAGUUAGAUAGAGGGAUGCACCCUAUCCGUAUCGCUGAAGGAUACGAGAUGGCUUCUAGAGUAGCUGUUGAGCAUCUGGAGCGUAUAGCUCAGAAGUUUGAGUUCGACGUUAAUAACUACGAGCCGUUGGUUCAGACAUGCAUGACUACUCUUUCCUCGAAGAUUGUGAAUCGAUGCAAGCGCAGUUUAGCUGAGAUUGCUGUGAAAGCAGUUCUUGCUGUUGCUGAUAUAGAGAGAAGGGACGUCAACUUAGAUUUGAUAAAAGUAGAGGGCAAAGUCGGGGGAAAGUUGGAGGACACUGAGCUUAUAUAUGGAAUACUGGUUGACAAAGACAUGAGCCAUCCACAGAUGCCAAAGCAGAUUGAAGAUGCCCACAUUGCUAUUUUGACUUGCCCCUUUGAGCCACCGAAGCCGAAAACUAAGCAUAAGGUGGACAUUGACACAGUGGAGAAGUUUGAGACGUUGCGCAAGCAAGAGCAGCAAUAUUUCGAUGAGAUGGUUCAAAAGUGCAAGGAUGUUGGUGCUACACUGGUUAUUUGCCAAUGGGGAUUCGAUGAUGAGGCAAACCAUCUAUUGAUGCACAGGAAUUUGCCUGCUGUCAGAUGGGUUGGGGGUGUUGAAUUAGAACUUAUCGCAAUUGCCACAGGCGGCAGAAUUGUUCCAAGAUUCCAGGAGUUGACUCCAGAGAAGUUAGGGAAGGCUGGCAUGGUCCGUGAAAAAUCAUUUGGCACAACAAAAGAACGAAUGCUGUAUAUUGAGCACUGUGCGAACUCCAAAGCUGUUACUAUUUUCAUCCGUGGAGGAUAUGGUUUAGGUAACAAAAUGAUGAUAGAAGAAACGAAGCGUAGUAUCCACGACGCUCUGUGUGUGGCAAGGAAUCUCAUCCGCAAUAACUCAAUUGUAUAUGGAGGUGGUGCAGCUGAAAUCACAUGCUCACUUGCUGUUGAUGCAGCUGCUGAUAAAUACCCUGGCGUCGAGCAGUACGCAAUAAGGGCAUUCGCUGAAGCUUUGGACUCUGUCCCCAUGGCUCUUGCAGAGAACAGUGGACUACAGCCCAUCGAGACACUCUCUGCAGUUAAAUCUCAGCAAAUUAAGGAGAAUAUUCCUUUCUAUGGGAUAGAUUGCAACGACGUGGGAACAAACGAUAUGAGGGAGCAAAAUGUGUUUGAAACAUUGAUAGGAAAGCAGCAGCAGAUUUUGCUUGCAACUCAAGUCGUUAAGAUGAUUCUAAAGAUCGACGAUGUCAUCUCUAAUUCUGAAUACUGAUGAAGUUCUGCUGCAAUCUUUGUUACUUCUUCCUUUUGCCUCUUUUGUUUGCUUUCUAAUUAGCUUUUGAUAACAGUUUUUCCUCUUGUAAGCUUUUAUUUUAAGAAUCUUCUCAUUUGUGUACCUGAUUUUGAAUCCACUUUUUCGACAAUGGACCAAA